GAACGCAUCCAUAACCAAACGUCAAAAUGGUUCCACGUGAUUACAUAACUUCCGUCAAUGGCGCUCGCUUCGCCCCUGCAUUUCCUUUAGCACUGUGCGUCAGGCGCGGUGUGGAGUGUUGAACGGUGAAAUAGGAUUAUAAGACAUAAUAAUGUUCUCCUCACUGCUGGAGGCGGCGCGCAGCUCGCCGUUCCAUGGCCCGCUCACUCCUGCCAAAUGUGAUGCCAUCACUGCCCCCUCACAGGCCAUGGCCGCUAACGCGGCGACGGAGCUCGGAGACUCGUGCGAGUUCGGCUCCACCAAGUACUUCGCGCUCUGCGGGCUCGGAGGCAUCCUGUCCUGCGGCAUCACCCACACGGCUGUAGUGCCCCUCGACCUGGUGAAGUGCCGUCUCCAGGUAGACGCCGACAAGUACAAGAAUGUGGUGAACGGCUUCAAGGUGUCCGUCAGGGAGGAGGGCAUGAGGGGCCUGGCCAAGGGCUGGGCUCCCACCUUCAUCGGAUACUCACUGCAGGGUCUCUGCAAGUUCGGUCUGUACGAGGUGUUCAAGGUGGGCUACAACAACCUGCUGGACGAGGAGACGGCCUACACUUACCGCACGUUCGUCUACCUCGCCGCUUCGGCGUCGGCCGAGUUCUUCGCCGACAUUGCGCUUUCACCUCUCGAGGCCGCUAAGGUCCGCAUCCAGACCAUGCCCGGGUUCGCCAGCACGCUGCGCGAGGCGUGGCCCAAGAUGGUGCAGAACGAGGGCUACGGCACCUUCUACAAGGGCCUGGCGCCGCUGUGGGGCCGCCAGAUCCCCUACACCAUGAUGAAGUUCGCCUGCUUCGAGAAGACUGUGGAGCUGCUCUACAAGUACGUGGUGCCGAAGCCGCGCGCGGCGUGUUCCAAGGGCGAACAGCUCGUGGUGACGUUCGCGGCCGGCUACAUCGCCGGCGUGUUCUGCGCCAUCGUGUCCCACCCUGCUGACACGGUCGUGUCCAAGCUCAACCAGGACAAGACCGCGACCGUGGGCUCCAUCGUGAGCAAGCUGGGCUUCGCCGGAGUGUGGAAGGGCCUCGGGCCCAGGAUCAUCAUGAUCGGCACCCUCACCGCGCUGCAGUGGUUCAUCUACGACGCCGUCAAGGUGUGGCUGCGCAUGCCGAGGCCGCCGCCCGAGAUGCCCGAGGCCAUGCGCCGGAGGCUCGAGGCCGAGGGGAAACUCAACUAAACCACACGCGGCCCACUGUACUAAAUUAUGGACAAGACUUUAGUACUCUAGGGUAGCCUCGCCGACCGAUGGAUUAUACUUUUUUAUUAGCUGAAGUAAAUUAUUCACUGCCAAAGCUUUCGUGGCGCUACGCUCGUAGCCGAUCCCAGUGUUUUCCCGCCGAGCGGGUUUCCAGCACUUAAUAUGUAAAAAUAUUAGAGUCAGUCCAAGCUAACUUCGCAAUGCCUUAACAUAACAAAGUGAGGAAUGUCUUUAUAAAGAUCAUAUUUUCAUAGAAAUUUGACAUUAAUGACAAAGCAUGGCUUUGUCAUUUCUAAGGGCAUGCUUGCUUCGACCGACUAGAGAUAUGUCCAUGCCGAUUUGCGGUAUUCCCUUUAAGAUAUAUAAAAUCGUCAUGGACCAUUCAACGAAGCCAAGUUCUCUAAAUAUCAAUUUACUUCAGCUAAUAAUAUAGUGUAUCGCGCCGAGGAUUCCGUACCACACUGUAUUAAUAGACCCGAUGUGAUUAUAAUUAAUUACCAUGUUGCAGUAUAAGUGAAGGAUCAUGUUAAUUUAUUUUUAAAUAAAUGAUAUUUUUAUUUAUUUAUGUAUUCCGUUUAUUUUGAUGGCUGCGAUAAUGUAAGUAGUUGAUCGUUGAAUGAAAAACGGUAAUAAAAAUUCAUCUCAACA